AUUUAAAAUUCCUAUUAAAUUAUUUGAAUUUUUCCACCUAAUUCUAUGUCACUAAUUAAAUAACGAAAAUUCUCCACAUAGAUGCUCUGGAAUAAAUUCACUUAAUCAUCCUGUACCUUAUAAUUAAUAAUCUCUUCAAGCAGCCCCACCAAAAUCCAUAUAUAUUCAUAAAUAUUAUAUCGCAGUAAUGACGGGUCAUUGUAGAUGAAUAUACCGCAGUGGACAUCGGUGUCGAUUAGUUUUAUUUACUUACUCUUCAGUUAAAAUAAAAACGUGCAAGUGAUUCGAUAAAUAUUUAACAGUUUCAGUGGUGAUUUUUUGUACUUUUUUCUUUUUAAAAGUUUGUUUUGGAUUGCUAAAUACGAAUUACAGCGAAAAUUUUCCUAUGAAAAAUGGAAGAAACACCGAUCCAACAAUUCUACAAGGAAACCAAUAUUUUCAUUACAGGAGGAACAGGAUUCAUGGGAAAGAUCCUUAUAGAAAAACUGUUACGUUCAACGCAAGCCGACACAUUAUAUUUACUAAUUAGGGAAAAAAAAGGAAAAAAUAUGCAUGUCAGGAUGGAUGAAUUGUUUGAUAAUGUAAUAUUCGGUAGACUGAAGAAAGAACAUCCCAAAUUCAAGCACAGAGUCGUGGGUAUAGCUGGAGAUUGUUCAGUAUCCGGUUUGGGGCUUAGCAUCACAGAUAGACAGACACUAAUUUCAAAAGUAAACAUUGUAUUUCACGUUGCUGCUACAGUCAGAUUCGAUGAAAAUUUAAAACUUGCCUACAAUAUUAACGUCAAUGGAGCGAAAGAUGUCAUAGAUUUAGCUAGACAGAUAAAGAAUUUAAAGUCAAUGGUACAUGUUUCUACAGCUUAUUCAAAUUGUCCUAGCAAAGAAAUCGAUGAAAAAAUUUACGAAUGUCCAGUGGCUUACGAUAAUGUUAAAGCUUUGAUAGAAAAAAUCAGUAAAAAAGAUGCAGAAAUACUCACUCCAAGAAUUAUUGGAAAAUGGCCGAACACAUACACUUUCACAAAAUUCCUUGCUGAAUCUAUGAUAAAAGAUCUUGGAGGGGGAUUACCCGUAGCAAUAUUUAGACCAUCAAUAGUUAUAUCUACCUAUAGGGAACCUAUAGAAGGCUGGAUUGACAACUUAUACGGUCCAACAGGAGUAUGUGCUGGAGCCCUUUCUGGUGUCUUGAGAGUGUCCUUUUGUUCUGAAGAGAAAGUAGCAGAUAUAGUACCAGUGGAUAUGUGUGUAUCAGGUUUAAUAGCUGCUGCUUGGGAUGUAUCUUCAAAAAAAUGUGAAAUGUCAUCAGAAGUAUCAGUUUAUAACUAUGUAUCGACUCCAGAAAACCCAAUAACUUGGAAAGAAUCUAUAGAGCUAAAUUUCAUUCAUGGAAGAGAAUAUCCUUCAAUAAAUUCUAUUUGGGAAGUUUGCGUCAUUUUUACUAGCAAUUUAUAUGUUUAUUGGUUCCUAACGAUUUUUCUUCAUACUUUACCAGGUCUAAUCAUUGACUGCUUUACUUUAAUCACAGGAAAUAAACCAAGGAUGCUGAAGAUCUACAAAAAAGUUCACAAAUUUUCCAUAAUCCUUUCUUACUUUUCGACUAGGAGUUGGAUUUUUUCAAACAAAAAACAUGAGAAAUUUGUGGGAAAAACUGGAUCAGAAGGAUAAGGAUGUUUUCCCCUUUAGUAUGACCACCGUCCACUGGUUGAUCUAUUUCAGAAAGUACUUAAAAGGUGUAAGAAAGUAUCUUUUAAAUGAUCCUGAUAGUACUUUGGAAGCUGCCAGAAAGAAGCACCAAUGGUUUUCCAUGCUGAAUACGUCUGUCAGAUAUUUGCUCAUAUUUACACUAUGCAAUUACAUUUUUAAAACGAUAUUUGGUAUAUAUUGGUUCAUCCUUUCGUGACAGUGAUAAUACAAGAAUAAAUAUUUGAUUGCAUGUCGAUACUUGUGUGUGAAAAAAAAAUUUUAAUUUAUAAUUUUUGUAUUUUAUAGUUUUUAACUGCUGAAUUUUUGUAACCGGUUAUAAUGUGUAAAAAAUUAUUUAAAUUAUGUAUUAUAUUAUUUUUAAUAAAUAAAAUUAUUUUAUAUUA